AUGUACAAACAUAUAUUUAAAUGCUCUCUCUUCACAGCUGCUAUUCAAUCAGAGGAUCCAGGUGCACCUGAUCCAUCAAAAAAUAUGUCGUCAAAGCCUGCUGAGGUUAUACAGACCACAGAGUCUGAUGAAUCACAGAAAGAGAAUCGCGAGCCAGAUGAUAAGCUAGAGGACCUAGAUCCCGAGCUGCUUGAAAUUCUUGGUGAACAAGUACCUGAUUCUGGGGAAAAAAUAAAAAUUAAUCAGGGUAUCACCAAGUGGUGGAAAAAUUGGAUGUCUAAAGGACUAUCUGAGGAAGAAAAAAAGGAGGUAGUCAAAACAUACCCCCAGAACUCCGAGUUUGCGACCGAUUCUCCGAAGGUUAACUUGGAGAUAUUACGACACAUGACCGAUAUUGCUAAAAAAUGCGAUCAACAUUUUGCUGAAACACAAAGUUGUGUUGGUAAAGCAUUGUUGUCAUUGGCUUCAGCGUUCUCGUUAAUUACAGAAGACCCUGAAGGAGACAUCGAUCAGACAAAAUUGUUAAAGUAUCUUUGGGAUUCAGGAAAACUGUUGUCUGAUGUAUAUUUUCAACAGUCGACGGCGAGAAGGUCUUUUAUCACGCCAAUUUUGGAUAAAGAGCUAAAAACGACAUUGGAUGCAAGUGUCCCCAAUGAGUGGUUAUACGGAGAUAAACUGUCUGACCAAGUAAAAGAGGCUAAAUCCAUUGUGAAAGCAGCAGCUUCACUAAAACAGCCGGAAAAAUCUGUGGCAAAGAAAUCGCUAAGGAAACUUCCGGGGCCCACCUGUAAAUUACAGACAGAUGGGCAACUUCAAUCAGAGGAGACAGUUCAAGAAUGUCCGAUACAGGUCCAAAUCCUCAACAGCGAGUCCGUCACAGAGGUCAUCGAGGGAGAAGCAUCAAACCCCGAACAAGAAAUAAAGGUAAAACAUAUAGCGGGUAGGCUAAAACACUUUAUUAAAAAGUGGAAGGAAAUAACUAAUGAUUCCUUCAUCAUUAAAUGUAUCAAGGGAUAUAAAAUUCCUUUUGCUAAGUGCCCGACUCAAAUGAAGGUACCACCAGAACCAGAUUCCAACCGAAUGUCAGUCGAACUCACUAAUAAAAGAAAAGACAAUGUCAUUCAAUUAUUAAAUAGCUUCGAAUUAAAUAAAAAGUAUAAAAUUAGAAGAAUUGCUCAUCUAAUCGGUGUAUUGAUAUCGUGUUGCUCGGGAGUUGCGUACAGCAAUAUCUAUUGCAAACGUCUUGAAAGAUAUAAAUGGUUAGCUUUGCUUGUAAAUAACAAUGAUUUUGAGGCAAACCCAUUAUUGUCCAGGUUUUUGCGAGGAUGCUUUAAAAGAAGGCCUUCAAAACCAAAAUACUCAGUAACAUGGGAUACUGAGCAAGAUCUGGCAGAAAUUCUUGUGACGUUGCUUAUGUUAAUCACGGCUCAUAGACUACAAACAUUAUCAUUGAUUAACAUUGAUAAUAUUAUAAAAUCAGAUCUGGGUUUAAAAAUCAAAAUUCCUGACCUUAUUAAAACAUCCAAACCGGGAAAAGAGCAGCCCGUAUUGUCUAUCCCCUUUUUUAACCAAGAUAAAAAGAUAUGUGUAGCAACCAUUCUUAUACUUUACCUUGAGAAAACCAAGGACCUCAGGCUUGAUACAAAAAUGAUGUUUAUAUCAACGGUAAAACCCCAUGGACCAGCCAGUGCACAAACAAUA